CUCGCUUUUGCUUUUUCCUUUUUCCACGAUCAUAAUUACACAUCUUGUGAUUUUCUCUUUCUAGAUCUUCAGAUCUAUUCAAUCUCAGCUUAGAUUUUAACAUUUCUCAGGAGCCGUUCGGUUUGCCCGAUUAGCCCAAGAUUCUAUCUCAUGAUGCCUCAAUCUACUGUUCGGUUGCCGAGACAUAGAUAAUCUCGGCCCGUAAGGCCCGCUUCAAGCCCGUCGCGGCUGACAGAUAAUCUCACAUUGUAGUGUUCAGGUCCGAUUAUUUAAUCGCACCACAUACCCUGCGAUUAUUUCAAUCUCACGCCUCUCUCUUCUCUGUCUCACUUCCCCUCCCAUCCUUUGCUCCACAGCAUCCACUUCCACCCCUCAUGACUUUCACCCUCUCCAUCUCUCUUCAUGAUUUACCGAAGUUAGUUGAUUUUCUGCAAUUUUGUUGGAGAGAUUGAUUGAUGCAGGUUUUUUGGAUAUGGUAAUUGUUAUGAUAUCGCUUUUUUGUUAAAUUUAGAUUAGUGAUCAAUUUGGGGAGAAUUUUGUUCAUGAAUACAAAAUUUGGAGGAGCAGAUUCGAAGAAUUAAUAUGAUGAGUUCAUGAACAAAAAUUGGGAAUGAGGAGGAGAUGGGUUGGUUGGGCCGUUGGGGGCGUUGGUGUGGGAAUAUUAGUCUUGUUAUUAAUAUUGUCAACCAAACAUCAAUAUAAAAUUUAGUAAUACUAAUUUACUCCAAGGCCCAUCUUAUCUUAUCCUAUAUUUUGAAUCUCAUUAUUAUUUUAUUUUUCCAACCGAACGCCACCAUAAAAUAUAGGAAAUUUUGAAUAAUCAUCUGAAUUAGAGUCAAGUCUAACAUCUUGCUUGUAGAUUGCUAGCGCUUAGCAUUAUGUUUACAUAUUUUAACAUACUAUAUUUGUUCAUUACUUGCUAAUUCAUUAUCGGACUAGAUAGAUGAUUGCUAGAAAAAUGAGAUUAUAGCUAUUUUUCUCAUCAAAUAAUUAUUGUUUUUUAUUUAUGUGAUCUCUGGAGAAGUUAGUGGAGUCCAAUUUACACAUCUUGUGAUUCUCUGUUUCUAGAUCUACAAAUCUAUUCAAUCUCAGCUCAGUUCUUCAUAUCUCUCAGGUAACAAUUCUCAUACUAAUUUACAUCUAUGCUUUUAUUUGUUUGUUAGAAUUUGACAUGAUCUUCCUAAUACUACAACAAGGCUUCGGGAAAUGAAAGUUUUAAUUUCUUGUACAAGAAAAAUGAAGGAAAUUUUGAAUUAUCAUCUUGCCUGUAGAUUGCUAGCGUUUCCUCUUUUACAUAUAGCAUCAUGUUCACAUAUUCAGCAUAUAUUGGAUUUCUACUUUGUUCAUUACUUGCAAAUUUAUUUUCAGACUGGAUAAAUGAUUGCUAGAAAAAUGAGAUUGUAGCUUUUUUUCUCAUCAAAUAAUUCUUGUUUUUGGUUUAUGUUUUCUCUGGGAAGAGCGAAGGUGGCGAAAAUGUUAAGCCGGAUUUUCGAGUCAUUUUUGUCAAAGGUGGUGGAACUAAUUGAAGAUAAUGCACACAAUAAUGUGAAGAGUAUAAAGGAAUUUGAGCUUAAUCUAAAAGCUCUGCAGAAAAAGUUGAAGUUAUUGUGUGCUAAGGCAUCUGAUGUUGAGGAGGAAAUCAAGAACUCAGAACUUUCUGGUCGAAAGAAAAGGAAACGGGAAGUUGAGGAGUGGUUGGAAGAAGUCAGGUCCAUUGAAAAGCAAGUUGUUGAGUUGGGCACUCAAGUGGAAUCUGAAGGAUUUAUUAUGAGAUUGAUGGAUGGAGGGUUGCCUGCUAAACUAAUUGAAGAGGUUGACACACUUGUUGAGCAAAGUCGGAAUUUUGGUGAACUUGUCCUUGAUAUUUGUGGAAGUGGGGGAGAUAAGUUAUUGACAGAUGGGAUGGUUGGUCAAGCUUUUCAUGAAAAUUUGGAAAUGGUUUUGAAACUUUUGGAGAGUGGGGAAGUGUGGAGCAUUGGUGUUUAUGGUAUGGGUGGAGUGGGCAAAACGACACUGGCAAAGCACAUUCACAAUCGACUCCUCCAACAUUCUCAGGGACGUGUGAUUUGGGUUACAGUCUCUCAAGAAUUUAGUGUUAUGACUUUACAAGAUAAGAUUGCUCAUUUUAUAGGUGUGGACCUUGUGGGUGUGGAUAAUGAAGACAUAAGGGCGUCGAGACUACAUAAAACUUUGUCACAGAUGAAGAAUUCAGUGCUGAUAUUAGAUGAUGUCUGGGAAAAUAUUGAUCUAUUAAAAGUUGGAUGUCUAGUUUCUGUCGAGUGUUGUAGGCUUAUUAUAACUACUCGCUCCUUAGAAGUGUGUCGUCAAAUCUGUUGCCAACAAAAGAUUCAAGUGAGUAAGCUAAAUCAUCACGAGGCAUGGGAAUUGUUCAAGAAAACUCUAAGAAAUGAGAUAGAACUUGAUUCUUCGGCAGAAGAAAUUGCCAGAUCUGUGGCAAAAUUGUGUGGUGGUCUGCCCCUAGCAAUUGUUAUGGUGGCUGGAAGCAUGAGGGGCGAGAGAGACAUUCAUACAUGGAGAAAUGCUUAUGUAGAAUUAACAGAAUGUGUCUCAGGGAAUGAUGGCAUGGGAGAUGGUGAUGUUUAUAAAGUAUUGAAAUAUAGUUUUGAUCGGUUGAAUUGGAAUCAUCAUAGCCAGGGUAAUGAGUUCAACACAUUGCAACAUUGUUUCCUGCAUUGUGCGUUGUAUCCUGAAGAUAAACAUAUGAAUGGAGAGCGUUUGGUUAGAGAGUUCAUUUCAGGAGGGUUGGUGGAUGAAAGAAAGACAAGGAGAGCGCAAGUUGAGCAUGGACAUUCCAUAUUGAAUAAAUUAGUGAAUGUGUGUCUACUGGAAAGUUGUGUUGGUCCUGGUUCUACGGAACGUGUGAAGAUGCAUGAUCUUGUAAGAAGUAUGGCAUUGAAGAUAUGUGAGGGGAAAUAUAUGGUAAGAGCAGGUAAUGAGUCUUUGAAUGAAAUUCCCAAAGAAUCAGAAUGGGCAAAGGAUCUGGAGAAGGUGUCCUUUAUGAAAAGUGGCAUAAUGAGAAUUAGAGAAGGAAUGUCUCCCGAUUGUCCUAAGCUCUCAACAUUGCUCUUACGGGAUAAUAUUUGGUUGGAGUUUAUUCCAGAUUCAUUCUUUUCUAAAAUGCAAGGACUAUGCACUCUUGAUUUGUGCAGGACUAACAUAACAAAGCUGCCAAACUCAAUCUGUGCCAUGAAGAGCCUCAAGGCAUUGCUCCUUGAGGGAUGUGGUAAGCUAGAAAAUGUGCCAUACUUGGGAGAGAUGAAUGAACUCAGGGAGUUAAACCUCUCGUAUACAGCCAUCAAGGAAGUCCCUCAAGGAGUUGGGGAAUUAUUCAAUCUCAAAUUCCUCGCAUUGGAUGCGCGUGAAUUGGAGAUGCUUCCAAGAGGAUUGUUUCUUAAACUAGGGAAUCUUCAGCACUUAGAAUUACCAUUCCAUAUGCAAGUAGUGAUUGAUGAAAUUGAGAAUCUGAAACUGCUAGAGGAGUUUAGUGGAAGAGUGAAAAAUGUGAAUGAAUUUAAUUCUUUUAUAACAAGUUGGGAAAGUCGGGUGCAUGACACUUGCUACACAAUAGGAGUGGGAUCAUAUCAUGUAAGUUUCUAUCUGUAUGAAGGAAGAGGAGUAUGUCAUAAUACAGAGUUGAUCCUGUCUGAAUGCAACCUUGAAGAUGAGAGAGUAUUAGCAAAGGGAAUUGUGCAGCUAACAAUCAGUAAAUGUAAAUGUGUGGGUCCGAGCAUAUACUCUGUGGGUGGAUUGAAGAGAUUGAGAAUUGAAAGAUGUGAAGGAAUAGAGCACAUUUUGAGGAGUGAGGCAGGAUUAUCAUCUCAAAUGUCUGCUCUUGAAGAAAUUAUACUGAUUGAGUUGGAUGAUAUGAAGGGGUUGAUCGAAAAGGGGGAUAUAGGAGCAUCAUCUGCACUUGCACAGCCUGUGUUUUCCUCUCUGAUGCGGUUAAGAAUUGAUAGGUGUGACAAGAUGAGGAUACCAUUAUCAGGAGUUCCCAACAUUGAAGACAUUCAUAUCAGCAAGUGUGAAGAAAUAGAAGAGAUAUUUGAAUAUGAAGGAACAAGUUCCCUCACCCUCCCUGAAUUAAAAUAUCUAACGUUACAUGAGCUGCCAAGACUGAGGAAGGUGGGGAUACUACUAUCUGGAGUUCCCAACCUUGAAGUUAUUAAUAUAAGAGAGUGUAAGGAAAUAGAAGAGAUAUUCGAAGAUGAAGGAACAAGUUCCCUCACCCUCCCUAAAUUAAAAUAUCUAAUGUUACAAGAGCUGCCAAGACUGAGGAAGGUGGGGAUACUACUAUCUGGAGUUCCCAACCUUGAACUUAUUAAUAUAAGAGAGUGUAAAGAAAUAGAAGAGAUAUUCGAAGAUGAAGGAACAAGUUCCCUCACCCUCCCUAAAUUAAAAAUUUUAUCGUUAUAUAAGCUGCCAAGACUGAGGAAGGUGGGGAUACUAUCAGGAGUUCCCAACCUUGAAUGGAUUUCUGUGACAGAGUGUGGAGAAAUAGAAGAUGUGUUUGAUGAUGAAGGAAGUCGUAGCCUAACCCUGCCCAAAUUAAGACAGUUGGACUUGUAUGAGCUUCCGAAACUGAAGGGCAUAUGCAAGGGAACAGCGGCCAUCAUUUGCAACUCCAUUGAACAUAUCUCAGUAACAAAGUGCCCAAGAUUGAUGAACAAACUUCCUGUGGAUGUGGAUUUGGCUGUGCCUCGACACUGUAAGAUAAAGUUGAACACAGAAUUAUGGGAAUCAUUGAUGUCGGACGAUCCCAACCUCUCUUGUUUCUUCUCUGAAGGCUGAUCAAAUUUUUUGUGUAAUAAUAUGCACAGAUUUUGGCCCAAAUGUUUUGUAAUAACAAGAUGCAUGCCCUUUUCUUAUGCAUCAGCACACCCAUGUUUCCACAAGUUCAGAAAUUGAUGAUAGACUGACUUACUUCUAACAGAAAA